AUGGCGAAACCAAACAGUGAAGAACUGAAUCUAAUCCUUAACGCUUAUCGCAACACCAUCAACGAUACUCUCCAGUUGUUCGAGCGAUCGACGUCUCCGACACAAGACAAAUUAAGCUGGAACGAUGUUCUUGAGAUGUCUGAUCACCUCUCCAAACAAGCCACCAUAGUGGGAAUGCUAUGGAUUGGAGAAUCUCCAAAUGCUGAAGCAUUGAAGGAGACAAUGGAGUCAUACUUCAAUGCUCUUCAAGGCUUCUUGUUGCAUUGCCAUGGAAGUAUGGUUGGUGCUGGACCUACACUUUCUUCAUCCAGACAAGCUUCUGUGAAGCAAAUCGUUGAUUCCAGUUUCAGAUUGUUGCAGGGUUCUGUUUCCUUAUACGGAGGAUCAUAUGAGAAAGACAAGAAGCCGUCGAUUCCGCAGCUUACAGGAGCAUUGUGGGAGACAUGUUCCAAUCUAAAGAAAGUUCCUUCAACAAACAUUAAAGCCAUCGGUCGUGCGAUGAGACAGGUCGCUGUUUCGGUGAAGGAUGUUCUUAGGGAGAUGAAAGAAGUCAAGCCAGCUUGUGAUUCACCCGACCAUGAUGCUUCUGCAGAUGAUGAAGAUGAAGAAUUAGGCAAUGACUUGUCUCCUCAAGAACUAGCAGUUGCUAAAAAGGUAGCUUAUAUUGUGUCUGAGACGCUCAUGAUGAUAAAAGAACUCAUCGGCGUUAUUACAAACACGAUUAAGCUGGAGAAUCCAGAGGAUAACGGUGGAUUUGUGGAUUUGCUUGAGAAGUUAUUGAAAUCGUGUCAAGGAAUUGGAGUAGAGAUUGAUGAGCUUGGAGCUUGCGUUUAUCCUCCGCAGGAGUUGAGUCUCAUGAAACAAACAGUGGAGAGAAUAAGGGGAAAUGUUGGUGAGAUUGUGGCUCAUAUAUUGAGUUUCAAGAAUUUUUCUUUAAUAGAAGCUUUCUACGGAACAUGCAGAAGGCUGCAGAGUUUGAUUAAAUAUAAGAUCGAACCCGAGCUGGACAUAAGAAUCGGAGAUGAAGUAGUUUCCGAUAAGCAGAAUGAUACUCCGCUCUUAGAAAUCUUUGAGUUUUUUUAA